CAGGGAAAGCAGAUAGCUCUCUGAGCAAAGGGGAGUCAUAGGCGACUCUCUCUCUCUCCUUCCCUCUUUUCCCUGCAGCAGGCUUUGCUUCCUUUUUGCUUCUUUACCAAUUCCAACUUCUCCUCAAUCACAACUGCUAAACCCACCCAAAACAACCCUUUUCAUUCAAUCGACCUAAAGAGAUUCUUGUCAGAAGAAAAGGAGCAGGAGUAGAAAGUAGCUUCCUUUCUCUUAAAGGGCUAGCGCAGUUCUACUUCCCCGAUCACACUAGCCCAUUGACAAGAAAUCUACUUUUGGAAUAUGUUCACUUCCUUUCCAUUCAGUGCCGACAGCACGUUUCGCUGACAAGGCACUCGUUUCCUUAACUCCUUAAAAAACUCAAGAGCUAACGCCCCCGCCUCUAUUCAAUGGUUUGCUCCUGUUUCACCAAGACUGGUCCUUAGGGAGCUAACCGGAGAGAAAGCGCAAUACAGAGCGUUGGUUUGGCAGUGACACAUUCGGUGGGGGAAAUCUGCCACUCAGACCUGUGUAGGAAAGCACUUUUCUGAGUGAGUGAACUCGCUAGUUUGUACGAACUGACUCUGGACUCGUGAUGGUUCUCCCGUCACUUUGCCUUGUAGUAGCGGCGGCGCUGGUGAUAGCGUGUGAGACUGCGCCUGAGCAAGCUGGAAAUGUAGAACUCACCCAUAUAGACUUAUUAAAAGGAAAAAUAGGAGAAUAUGAAGUUAUAACACCCGUGAGCACUGAUGCCGAGGGACGUCAUAUGUCUAACAUUGUUUCAGUCAACCACAAGAAAAGGUUUACAAGAGAUGCUUCCCAAGUGCAACACACAAUUUAUUUCAAUGUCACUGCUUUUGGAAGAGAUUUUCACCUUAAACUGAGACCAAAUACAAAACUCAUAGCCCCAGGAGCUGUUGUAGAAUGGCAUGAAGACCCAGCAAAUUUCAGUAAUGGAUCCCAUACUGGGAAUCAGACCCCCGAUUAUUAUACCACACAGCAAACAUGGAGAAAGGAAUCUUUAUGGACUAAUUGUGCUUAUGUUGGAGAAAUAACUGACAGUCCAGGGGCUUUAGUUGCUCUUAGCAACUGUGAUGGUCUGGCUGGAAUGAUAAGAACACAGGAAGAUGAAUAUUUUAUUGAACCACUGGAACGAGGCAAACAGAAGCAUGAGGAAAACGGCAGAUUGCACGUAGUGUACAAAAGAUCCACAGCAAAGCAGAUUCCUACUGAUGACUCUCACAGUUCCUCAGAGGCAGACUUUGCUGGGCUUGAUAAUGUGGACAGCAUAUAUAGUAAUAUUGAAAAGCAAGUAAAUGAAACUUUUAGACGACGUAGACAUGCUGGUGAAAAUGAUUACAACAUUGAAGUACUUCUGGGAGUGGAUGAUUCGGUUGUCAGGUUUCAUGGAAAAGAGCAUGUUCAAAACUACCUGCUUACCUUGAUGAACAUUGUAAAUGAAAUUUACCAUGAUGAUUCAAUUGGGGUCCACAUCAAUAUAGUUUUGGUCCGUAUGAUAAUGUUGGGUUAUGCAAAGUCUAUUAGCUUGAUUGAAAGGGGCAGCCCAUCAAGGAGUUUAGAUAAUGUGUGCCGCUGGGCAAACCAACAACAGAAGGCAGAUCCCAACCAUUCUGAACAUCAUGAUCACGCCAUUUUUCUGACCAGACAAGAUUUUGGCCCAGCUGGAAUGCAAGGAUAUGCCCCAGUGACAGGCAUGUGUCAUCCAAUGAGAAGCUGUACUCUGAAUCAUGAAGAUGGAUUUUCAUCUGCUUUUGUGGUUGCACAUGAAACUGGCCAUGUGCUGGGAAUGGAACAUGAUGGCCAAGGAAACAGAUGCGGGGAUGAAACAGCUAUGGGCAGUGUUAUGGCUCCCCUGGUGCAGGCAGCAUUUCAUCGAUAUCAUUGGUCUCGGUGCAGUGGUCAAGAACUAAAAAGAUACAUACAUUCAUAUGAUUGCCUUCUGGACGACCCUUUUGAACAUGACUGGCCUAAACUCCCUGAUCUUCCUGGAAUUAACUAUUCUAUGGAUGAACAAUGCAGAUUCGACUUUGGUGUUGGCUACAAAAUGUGCACUGCAUUCCGAACAUUUGAGCCUUGUAAACAAUUGUGGUGCAACCAUCCUGAUAAUCCCUAUUUCUGUAAAACCAAGAAGGGACCCCCUCUUGAUGGAACGGAAUGUGCUCCUGGAAAGUGGUGCUACAAGGGUCACUGCAUGUGGAAGACUACGAACCAAGUAAAACAAGAUGGACAUUGGGGAUCAUGGACAAAAUUUGGCUCUUGUUCGAGGACUUGCGGUAUAGGUGUUCGUUUCAGAACACGACAGUGUAACAACCCAAUGCCAGUUAAUGGUGGCCAGGACUGCUCUGGUUUGAACUAUGAAUAUCAACUGUGUAAUACUGAUGAAUGCCCCAAGCACUUCGAAGAUUUCAGAGCCCAACAGUGUCAGCAACGAAACUCGAACUUUGAGUACCAGAAUGCCAAACACCACUGGCUUCCAUAUGAACAUCCUGAUGCCAGUAAACGAUGUCAGCUCUUUUGUCAGUCUAAAGAAACUGGAAGCAUUGCAUCAAUGAAACAGCUUGCUCAUGAUGGGACUCGCUGCUCCUACAAAGACCCACACAGCAUCUGUGUGAGAGGAGAAUGCGUUAAAGUUGGGUGUGACAAGGAAAUAGGUUCCAAUAAGGUGGAUGAUAAGUGUGGUGUUUGUGGAGGAGACAAUGCCCAUUGUCGUACUGUAAAGGGAACAUUCACAAGAACACCUAAAAAAUCUGGAUACCUAAAGAUGUUUGACAUCCCCCCUGCUGCUAGACAUGUGUUUAUCCAAGAAGACGAGGCCUCUCCUCAUAUUCUUGCUAUUAAAAAUCAGGCUACUGGACAUUACAUACUAAAUGGAAAAGGGGAAGACGCAAAAUCCCGCUCGUUUAUUGACCUUGGCGUAGAGUGGGAGUACAUAAUUGAAGAUGACAUUGAAACAGUGCACACAGAGGGACCUUUGCACAAUGCCAUCGUGGUGCUGGUUAUUCCUCAGGAGAAUGACACAAAGUCUAGUUUAACAUAUAAAUAUAUCAUUCAUGAAGAUUCCGUUCCAACAAUAAGCCACAACAAUGUACUUCAAGAGGAAUCAGACACCUAUGAGUGGGCGUUGAAGAGCUGGUCUCAGUGCUCAAAACCAUGUGGUGGAGGCUUUCAGUACACAAAAUAUGGAUGCCGAAGAAAAAGCGAUAAUAAAAUGGUUCACCGCAGCUUUUGUGAAGCAAAUAAGAAGCCUAAGCCAAUUCGCAGAAUGUGCAAUCUUCAAGAAUGCACCCAGCCAAUAUGGAUAGCAGAUGCAUGGGAGCACUGCACAAAAAGCUGUGGAAAUUCUGGCUACCAAAUUCGUUCUGUACGAUGCAUCCAGCCCCUUCAUGAUAGUACCAAUCGUUCAGUUCACAGCAAGUACUGCAAUGGAGAUCGCCCAGAAAGCAGAAGACCUUGCAAUAGAGUGCCUUGUCCAGCCCAGUGGAAAACAGGUGCAUGGUCUGAGUGCUCCGUGACAUGCGGCGAAGGGAUCGAAGUGAGACAAGUUCUGUGUCGAGCUAGUGAUCAGUGUGACGGAGAGAAACCAGAGUCUAUGAGGGAUUGUAAACUGACUCCUUGCAGUGAUGAACCAUGCCUUGGAGACAAAUCUAUAUUUUGUCAAAUGGAGGUACUUGCUCGAUAUUGCUCCUUACCAGGAUACAACAAACUUUGCUGUGAAUCCUGUAGCAAGCGUGGCACCCAACAACCACCUUAUUUUAUUGAAGCUGCCGAAACUGAAGAUGAACUCUUUUUUGACCCUAGCGAUUUGUCCAUGGCUGGCAUGUCUCCGACAGUUUUAGCACCUCUUGACACAGAUGCUACAUCUGAAAAUAAGAAAGCUCUUGCUGAAAGUGAUUCCGAUCUAAGCAUUUUAUCUAUACCAGAGAGAAGGCCAAAAUUGUCAGAUCAAGCCCAGAGAAGAUCACAUUUAGCUGCAGGCAAGAACCUUGCUAGUAUUGUAGGUGUAGCACCACCUACUCCAAAUAGCAACAUCCAUAUAUAUAGACCUUCCAUGCAAGACAUGGACACAGGUCAUCUUAGCUCUCUAGACGGAACCUCAAGGAGGAAUGAUAAAUCCUCUGAGAAAAGACAUUCUUUGCAGUCAUCUACCACGGAGCGAUGAAGCUUUAAAAUCGAAGACUAUAUUAAAAACUAUUUCCUAGGGCACCCUGGUGCAUUAUGCUUGUAAGUGGAACUUUCUACAGAUCAACAACUCAUUUUAACUGUAUAUAACUGGACAUACAAGUGCUGGUUCACUUAUGAGCUGAUUUAAUUCUCUAUUCAUUCUUUGCAUUCCGGUUAACUUGAAUGAAGGAAAACACCAAAGAUUCUCCAAAAGGAUAACCUCAUUUAAUUAUUUUUCUCAUUUCUUACUUCAUAGGAAAUGCUCAAAACGGAUUUUGCAUAGCAUCAUGAGCAUUCUUUCUCUGAAAAAAAUAUAUGUACACCUUUAUUAGAAUUGUUCAAAGUAUACAAAAAAAACUUUCAAGAUGGCUAACUAGACCUAUUGAAAUGGCAUCUGAAAGAUAUAUGUUACAAAAUCAGUGUUAUUUGUUUGGUUACAUUAUUGUUUACCAGCGUAAUUUCUGGGUGCUAACAGGAGCUUGUCAGUGCAAGUAGUAUACAAAAACACAGUUAUUCAGCAAUACAGCAAAGUGGUUAAUUUCUGCUGGCAUUGUAAGCCUUUGGAGAACUAUGUAACAACUGAACCUAGUGGCAAUUAAGUGGCACAUAAUGCCUUGUUUAUUAGGCUGCUUUAGUUGUCGUUUUUAGGACAAUUUAGUGUUAAUUUUUGUAUACAAAUAAAAAUGGUGGUGGCAGACAAAACAUAAUGAAAAGAAAGCACUUUCAACUCCAAAAAGUCAAUGAAGGAAAUACUAAUAUACUAAAAAAAAGUGACUCAGGAGCUAUUUAAAUUAAAAAUAAAUAUAUAUGUUCCAAUGGAAAAAAAUAUACAGGUGAAUGUAGACAUUGCUAGAGAAAUUUCCCUUAUGCCAAAGGAAAUGCGAAAGUUUAGAAUUGAAUCAUGCAAUAAUAUGUUUUCAUAAAUAAAGAUGUGCUUUCUAAAUGCUGUCCUUAUCCAUCUUUCACACAGCCCGAGAGCAUGAAAACAGUACGUAGGUAUAUGGAAACUUUAGGUGGACUUUCUUUAUUCAGUGCUGAUCAAAGAUAGGAGAGAGAUAUUUAUUUUAACAUAAGUCGCCUCAUUUUUCACAACCACAAUGCAUCUGACUGCAAUAAUAUACAAGUGAUUUAUAAUACAAAUACGCCAGUUUAUAACUGUAAAGUACUUGUAUAUAGAAUAUAAAACAGAAGGUAUUUAUUAAAAAGUUGAUUUUUCUUGAUAGAAUCAAUGCAUUGAAUAUACACAGUUAUACCAUUUGUCAUUUCUUCUGUUACAUAUUUAUGCAAAUGCAUCACAGUAUGGAAAUGUAAGUACAAAGUCAAUAUGAAAUUUAGGAUACAACCAAAACUUUUUAAGUUUUUUUAAAAUAAAAGCUAUACAGUUAGCUUAGAUAGUUAACAAAUGACUUGCAAUCUUUUUUUCAACAAAAAUUGCAUGCAAUAACCCCAUACAACAUUACACAUGAAUUAUGUGUAUUCAACAUAUAUAGAAUUAGGAUUAUGGAAUUUUGAAAAAUGAGAGAAAACAUAGGAAGAAUAUAAAAUUCACUUAAACAAACAAGUAAAAUUAGAUUUUUGAUUAGAUCUUCAGAAACGAAUGGGUUUUCCGUGUAAUAAUUUGUUAUACACUAACCUUGCCAUAAAAUAUUGACUUGACGCUGAAGAAGAUCUGUUGCCAAGCAGCAAGGCUUUGGAAGGUCCAAACAUAAGUAGAUUUUUUAAUAGUUUAUUUUGACAACCCCCAAUCCACAAACAGAUUGUCUUUCUAGAAUAGAGAUGACAAAAUUGCCCCUUCCACUGUUUAUACAUUUAAUUUAUCUCCUAUGUAAAUUGAAACACUGUAUAAAAAAAUGGGAUUAUGCCAAAAUAUUGGAGGUAGGGAUGAUGGCCUUACCCUAGAAUCUGCCAUUAAGAGUUUUUAUUAUUUUUGUUUUUUGUUCAUGCUUUGUAUCAUUUAGGUGUAGAUAUUCCUAAUGCAGGAUUCUUUUUAAUUUGUAUCAUUCAAAACUUUCUUGCUAUUAAGUGUACACUACUGAUGCCGUUUGUUGUAAUGGGGAGCAAUAAAAGCUUUUUACAAAUA